AUGUCUGAAAAUUCCAGUGACAGUGAUUCAUCUUGUGGUUGGACUGUCAUCAAUCAUGAGGGGUCUGAUAUAGAGAUGAUAAAUUCUGAACAUGGUGUCGCCAGUGACAGCCAGGAACUUAAUCCAGAAUGUUCAUCUUUAGAGCAAGAAGAACUACAAGUACUGCAGUUAGAGCAGGGAGAAAACAGUGAAAACUGUACAAUGUUGUUGGGAGAAACUGCUUAUGCAGCUAUGGAAGAAACCAGGUCAGCACUUGAGGCAGAGGAAGAAAGGUUACCUGAAGACAAUGUCUAUUUUGGAACUGUCAGUGAUGAUUCUGAUAUCGUUACCCUUGAGCCACCUAAGUUAGAAGAAAGUGGAACUCAAGAAGAAGCUACGAUUGUUAAAGAAGCACAGAGCCCGGAAGACUUCAACAUGGGCUCUUCCUCUAGCAGCCAGUACACAUUCUGUCAGCCGGAAAUUGUAUUUUCAUCUCAACCUGGUGAUGAUGAAUCAAGUAGUGAUGAAACCAGUCAUCAGCCCAGUCCUGCUUUUAGACGACGCCGUGCUAGGAAGAAGACUGUUUCUAGUUCAGAAUCUGAAGAGCGACUGCCUGCUGAACAAGAAACUGAGCCUUCCAAGGAGAACUUGCAUAAACGCCAAUUCAGUAGUGGUCUUAAUAAAUGUGUUAUACUUGCUUUAGUGAUUGCAGUCAGCAUGGGAUUUGGACAUUUCUAUGGCACAAUUCAGGUUCAGAAGCAUCAACAGUUGGUCAGAAAGAUACAUGAAGAUGAACUGAAUGACAUGAAGGAUUAUCUUUCUCAAUGUCAACAGGAACAAGAGUCUUUUACAGAUUAUAAGUCAUUGAAGGAAAACCUUGCAAGGUGUUGGACCCUUACUGAAGAAGAGAAAAUGUCCUUUGAAACUCAAAAGAAGAACCUUGCUACAGAAAAUGAGUAUUUAAAAAUAUCUCUGGAGAAAGAAGAAAAAGCCUUGUGUUCUUUACAGGAAGAGUUAAGGAAACUAAGAGAACAGAUUAGGAUAUUGGAAAAUAAAGGAACAAGUACUGAAUUAGUUACCGAAAAUCAGAAACUUAGGCAGCAUUUGGAAGAGGAAAAGAAGAAGACAUACAACUUUCUUAAUCAAAGGGAGACUUUAUUGGCAGAAGCAAAGAUGCUAAAGAGCGAACUGGACAGAGAGAGACUAUUAACCAUUGCCUUAAGGGUAGAACUCCAGCAGUUAAGCACUAGUCAGUCAUAUGGCAAUCAAGACUCUCUCAAUGUACUGACUGAGAAAAAGGAAAUAGAAACUUUACGGGGAAGACUUACGGAGCUGGAGCGGAAGCUGAACUUUGAACAACAGCGUUCUGAUUUGUGGGAAAGACUGUAUAUUGAGGCAAAAGAUCAAAAUGGAAAACAGGAAAGUGAUGGAAAAAAGAAAGGAGGCAGAGGAAACCACAGGGCUAAAAAUAAGUCAAAGGAAACAUUUUUGGGUUCAGUUAAGGAAACAUUUGAUGCAAUGAAAAAUUCAACCAAGGAGUUUGUAAGGCAUCAUAAAGAAAAAAUUAAACAGGCUAAAGAAGCUGUGAAGGAAAAUCUGAAAAAAUUCUCAGAUUCAGUUAAAUCUACUUUCAGACAUUUCAAAGAUACUACCAAGAAUAUCUUUGAUGAAAAAGGGAAUAAAAGAUUUGGCGCUACAAAAGAAGCAGCAGCUAAAAGGACAAGAACAGUUUAUCGUGAAUACUUACAUCCACAAUAUAAGACAGCUACACAAAACCAGAAUAGUAGAGGCCCUACUGUGCAGAGAGAGGGAAGGAAGGAAAAGCCAGUUCACUUUGAGAGAUUCGGAAUAAAUGCAAAUUCACAGAAAUGUAGUGCUGAGCGUGACUGUGAAAAUUAUCGUUCAUUGAGAAAAGGUUGUUCCGAUGUAUUUGACUGUGCUCGACAGGAAUCCCUUAGCCUUUUUAAUGUAGUGUUGAAUCCUGUAAGGAUAGAUGAAUUUAGACAGUUAAUACUAAGAUUCUUAUUAGAAGAACUGGAUGGUUUCCAUCACUGGAAAGAACUUGAUCAAUUCAUCAAUAAGUUUUUCCUAAAUGGUGUCUUUAUACAUGAUCAGAAGCUCUUCGUUGACUUUGUUAAUGAUGUUAAAGAUUAUCUUAAAGCCAUGAAGGAAUAUCAAGUAAAUAAUGAUGGAGUGUUUGAGAAUUUGGACGGAUAUAUAUAUAGACACUUCCUUGGUGACACUUUGUCCCCUCCAUAUGGACCCAGUCGACCUGAUAAAAAGCAACGUAUGGUAAAUAUUGAAAGCUCCAGGCAUCGAAAACAAGAGCAGAAGCACCCUCAGCCACAGCCUUAUAAAAGGGAAGGUAAAUGGCAUAAACAUGGUCGCACUAAUGGAAGACACAUGGCAAAUCUGGAAAUAGAAUUGGUGCAGUUACCUUUUGAUCCUAAAUAUUGA